GACAUUUGCGCCAAGGAUACAUUUGUAAACUGAGGACUUUGACAUAGUAAUUUUUACUUUAUACAUUAUAAUGUUGCUAUGAAUAACGAAGAGAUAAUUAUAUGUCAUUGUUACAGUCUAAAUAAGGACAAAUAUAAGGGAUAGAUAAAUAAGUGUCGAGUGUAAGCUGAGAACUCGGGAGAUAAAUGAGCGACUCUGGCUGGUCUUUGACCUGAACUAUAAAGUGCAAGAAGGGUUGGCAAAUUUGAUGAAUGCCAUGCAAUAAUAAGUUGUCUAGUCAUAAAAACACCACCAAGUCAUUGCCAUGACUUCAAUGGAGUACGAUGUCGACUCCAUGGGCGGCCUCAUGCCGCAAAUCCUGGCUUUGACUGCACCUCCUGGAAGCCGAGAACCAACCAAACAGCAAAAUGCGGGUUCAACAGGCUCCAUUAAAGAAGGCCUAGCUGCCCAUCCAUAUUUUCGUCGUCCAGGUCGAGGCCACAACCACGAUUCAUGUGAUGCGUGUGGAGAGGGCGGGGAUUUAAUAUGUUGCGAUGUCUGCCCAGCUUCCUUCCACCUCAUGUGCCAUGAUCCACCUCUGGAUGAGGAAGACAUACCUAUGGGAAGGUGGGCGUGCCAUCAAUGCAAAGUUUCAGGGCCUGAUGAUGACAGAACUUCAGUGUCUAGUGGCAAAUCUAACAAGAGUUCCAAGGGUAUUAAACGAAAAGAAAAAGAAGAUGACAAGCCAACUUCGUCAUCAGCUGGAAAAGCCGACACCAAUGACAAGAGAGUGUGUGCAGGGGGACGGGAGUUUGAAAUUUCUGAUUCUCCGCUGUUCACACUCAUUAAGGCAGCAGCUACAGUCAACCCUAAGCAAUUUGCUCUGCCUUUUGAGAUGACAUUGCCUGUUUGCUUUCCUGGUGAACCCAAAAAUACCGGUAAAAGUAAUGGAGCAAGAAAAGGAGCCCAGAAGAAGAAAGCUCAUGAACUUGACAAUGGUUUAGUUCCCCUGCCAGCCAAACUCUGUUUUCAGUGCAACAAAAGCUGUCGUGUAGGCCCUCUAAUACCCUGUGAUUAUUGCCAGCUGUUCUUCCACCUUGACUGUUUAGACCCCCCUCUCACCACUCCACCAAUGGGAAAAUGGAUGUGUCCUAAUCAUCCUGAACAUUUUGUCGACUCUACACUGUUAACAUCUCACAGUCUUAGUGAGAGAGUAAAAUUAUGGGACAAAUUCAGCGUACCGGUUGACCAAGACGCUGUUCGAGUGAACUUCCUACAACGGUGCCACAGAAAAAACCCUCCCUUCCGGUACAAAGUGAAACGCGCCCUCAGGUCGAGAAUACGAGUGCCACUAUCUGUCAAAGAGCAAUACUCAGAACCGCCAGAUUUACUUCUCCGCCAUGGUCCACCUCAGCAUCUUCUUCCUCCUGUUGUUGAGCAUGAAACAGAGGCUUCCACUGCUACCACUGUACCUACAUCCACUGCCACUAGAAUACCUGCCCCCUCCGUGAUGUCAUACAACACAACUGUCUCAUCUUGGUUAUAUCAACAAAACUGGAGAGGAAAUGGCAUGAAGAAUGAUCCUGUUGGUAAUUCUGAUGUGCUUCAAGAUGGACAGGAAGGAUCUGAAAAAGAAAUUAGAACUGAAGACAAGAGACAUGAAACCGAAAGAAAAAGGGCAACAAAAGAGGAAAUGGAUGAGUGGCUGGCGGGACUCUUGUGUUUACAAGCUAGCAUUGUUAAACAUAUGGCAAAUAAUACUACAAGUGGCCUAAGCAAAACUCCGGAUAAACAAAGAGAAAUGAAUGGGCCUACAUGUUUAAGUAGCAGCCUGGACACCUCUCCACCUAUAGAGAGAUCCGGGUGUAUGAAUGGAGACUUAACAUCUCAUGACCUGAGUAGUAAACACAGUAGAUUUGCAGAUCCUCGAAGACAUCAGCCCGUUGUAAAUAGUAAUUUUCAACCUCCUCCAACAUAUCUACCUGCUAAAAAGGGAAUAUUAAAAAACCAAAAAGGAAAAGGUGUUACCAAUCCUGGAACAAAGACUCCCAGACAUAAAAAGCAAACGGCUUCUGAAAUACUGUCUGAAACCUUAACAUCCUUGGCUUCCUCCCUUCAGAGCUCUAUCACAGGAAAACAGGAGGUAUCCCUGAGUCAGUUGGAGCGUUCAGUUGUCGAUGUUUUGGCUUGGCAACGUUUAGAAGAGUUGUUGUGUCCGCCAAGUCCAGCAUCCGCACCUAUUGUUACUCAACCUCUCCCUGCUCGUGCUUUGUUGUGCCCGCUAAUUCCUGACUCUCAUCUUCAAGAUUGGGCUGUCAAGUCCCCUACACCGUCCUACAGUUCUCAACCAGUGGCUAUGACAUACAGAAUAAUUCGUAUUGGGAAAGGGAGCCAUAACCAUGUGGACCUCAAUGCUUACGGCCAUUGUAAUUACAUAUCCCAAGAACAUGCUGCAAUAUUUUUUGACGAGAAUACCGGGCAUUAUGAGCUUCUUAAUUAUAGUCCUCAUGGCACCAGAGUCGACAGUGUAUUAUAUCGGUAUGAUCACAGUGAGAAGACUGUGAAUCAUGCGCCGCCACCUCCACUUCUUCAACAAGUCCGAGCCAUUAUUAACCAAAGAAGAGGCCAGCUUCCAGACAGUCCUUCAGGGGAGGUCAUGACAGAUACUCCAGGACAAACAUUAUAUCGGUGUAACUGUAAACUUGGGAAAAAGAAGAUGGGUGGUUCAUCCAAGGCAGCAUCACCCAGCAUCCUUGGUUGUGGUGGGUGGGAGGGCGGCGCGGUUCUUCACCACGGCUCACAUCUCAAGUUUGGAUGCCUGCAGUUUGUGUUCAGUAUUGUGGAAGAAGCUAGUAAAGCAGACUGGAUAGAGACAACACUUAGUACAUAUCUUAAGUUUUUCAAACAAGAAGAGGAGGAACAAGAGGAGGAGGAGGCAGCAACAAAAAUCAAGGAGGAAGUGGAUGAGGACGAGGAGGAAGAUGACGAGGACGAGGAGACGACACCAAGAAAGGAGGAGAAGAACUCAAAAUCAUGAGAUAUAAUUUUUUAGUAAUUGAUAUAUUUAUAACAAGUUUCUUAAGACUUUAUAGUUGCCGUGAUUUGUUUUUCACCAGGAGUGUUUAUGAAUAAGUGUGUUGAGUAAAUAAUAUUAAAACAGAUAGUAUAUGAUUGUCUUUAGGUACAUUAAGAAAAAUAGAAAGAUUAUUUAAUAGAUUAAAAGUCCUAGGAGCCCUUGAUGGGCUCGCAUGUUUAUUUUGAAAAGCAUUGUAUAUGAAGACAAUUUAUGAACUCUUACAGUGUUGUAAAGAAAGACAAAGCUCAUAUUUUAUUACUAAUUAUGACAUAAAAGUGGCAAAUAAUCUGCAAAAGAUGGGCACUUGUGUAUUUUGUAAACAGAAUCUCCAAGAUUGAAGUGUUCACAUAAACUCUAGCCCUUGUAUAGAGUGAGUGUUGUGGUGGUGCCGAUAAUUCAUACAAGAGUUUCCCCUAUAUUGUCUACCCUUAACCCAAGGACCAGUGGCAGCUCGGUGCACCAGCUCGGUACUCCGCGUGUUAGCAUUGUCCUAUCCAGAUAAUCCUGACGUACGAAUGACUGGGAGGUUUAUGCACAAAUACAAAGUAGCAAUGUAGCCAAGAUGUCAAAGUUUUUAAACUUAGUACAUAUAAUGUGCUGCCUUCUCUUGGUACGCUGCAAGUGUUUGGCUCUUUCUUACUACUGACCAUCAGACCUUUCAUCUGUUGGUUGCUUUAUCAGCAUUUUGUUAUAUGCAUAUUUGUAAUUUUAUCCAGGUUCUUAACAAAUAUGAUGUUGGUACAUGGUUGUAGCUUAUAUUUUCUGUACCAAAAAGCCACUGUGUUACCUAAAGCUCUCAAUAUUGAACAAUCUAUAUGUAUUUUUAGUGCUAAUAUAUUAUGUAAAUGGUAAUGUAUAUAUUUAACUUUAAUUCAUGUCCUUAUACAUUAAUAACUAUUGUACAUACUGUACAGAUUUAAUGAUGUUAUUUUAUAUUGAUAAAGUAGACAUUACUUCAGUAUGCUGUCUUCUUACCUGUGACUGAUGAGUGUGGCCAGACCAUCCCUGAUGAGUGUGGCCAGACCAUCCCUGAUGAGUGUGGCCAGACCAUCCCUGAUGAGUGUGGCCAGACCAUGAUGAGUGUGGUCAGACCAUGAUGAGUGUGGCCAGACCAUUCCUGAUGAGUGUGGCCAGACCAUCCAUGAUGAGUGUGGCCAGACCAUGAUGUGUGGCCAGACCAUCCCUGAUGAGUGUGGCCAGACCAUGAUGAGUGUGGUCAGACCAUGAUGAGUGUGGUCAGACCAUGAUGAGUGUGGCCAGACCAUCCAUGAUGAGUGUGGCCAGACCAUGAUGAGUGUGGCCAGACCAUCCCUGAUGAGUGUGGCCAGACCAUCCCUGAUGAGUGUGGCCAGACCAUGAUGAGUGUGGUCAGACCAUGAUGAGUGUGGUCAGACCAUGAUGAGUGUGGCCAGACCAUCCAUGAUGAAUGUGGCCAGACCAUGAUGAGUGUGGCCAGACCAUGAUGAGUGUGGCCAGACCAUCCAUGAUGAGUGUGGCCAGACCAUCCCUGAUGAGUGUGGCCAGACCAUGAUGAGUGUGGUCAGACCAUGAUGAGUGUGGCCAGACCAUCCAUGAUGAGUGUGGUCAGACCAUGAUGAGUGUGGCCAGACCAUCCCUGAUGAGUGUGGCCAGACCAUGAUGAGUGUGGUCAGACCAUGAUGAGUGUGGUCAGACCAUGAUGAGUGUGGCCAGAUCAUCCAUGAUGAGUGUGGCCAGACCAUGAUGAGUGUGGCCAGACCAUGAUGAGUGUGGCCAGACCAUGAUGAGUGUGGCCAGACCAUGAUGAGUGUGGUCAGACCAUGAUGAGUGUGGCCAGACCAUGAUGAGUGUGGCCAGACCAUCCAUGAUGAGUGUGGUCAGACCAUGAUGAGUGUGGCCAGACCAUGAUGAGUGUGGCCAGACCAUCCCUGAUGAGUGUGGUCAGACCAUGAUGAGUGUGGUCAGACCAUGAUGAGUGUGGUCAGACCAUGAUGAGUGUGGCCAGACCAUGAUGAGUGUGGCCAGACCAUGAUGAGUGUGGUCAGACCAUGAUGAGUGUGGCCAGACCAUGAUGAGUGUGGCCAGACCAUCCAUGAUGAGUGUGGUCAGACCAUGAUGAGUGUGGCCAGACCAUGAUGAGUGUGGCCAGACCAUCCCUGAUGAGUGUGGCCAGACCAUGAUGAGUGUGGCCAGACCAUGAUGAGUGUGGCCAGACAAUGAUGAGUGUGGCCAGACCAUCCCUGAUGAAUGUGGCCAGACCAUGAUGAGUGUAGCCAGACCAUCCCUGAUGAAUGUGGCCAGACCAUCCCUGAUGAAUGUGGCCAGACCAUGAUGAGUGUGGCCAGACCAUCCUUGAUGAAUGUGACCAGACCAUCCAUGAUGAGUGUGGUCAGACCAUCCCUGAUGAGUGUGGCCAGACCAUCCCUGAUGAGUAUGGCCAAACCAUCCCUGAUGAGUGUAGCCAGACCAUGAUGAGUGUGGCCAGACCAUCCCUGAUGAGUAUGGCCAAACCAUCCCUGAUGAGUGUAGCCAGACCAUGAUGAGUGUGGCCAGACCAUCCCUGAUGAGUAUGGCCAAACCAUCCCAACACUUCCACUCAAAAGUUAUCAUGUUAUUUACUCAGUUAUUUUACGGGUGUCUGCAGAGUGGAUGUUGUGGCUUUAAACAAACACAACCCCCAACACAUACAUUAAUAAUCAUAUAAAUAAUCACAGUAGAAUUUUAUUUGAGAUAUUUACAACAUAUAGAAUACAGUGUGACGAAAUAGCAUCAAGAAAUUUUGCAAACCUGUAAGAUGUAAUACUCACAUUGAUUGCAUGUAGGAAAUGUGAUUUCUGAUUUUUCAUUGAAGGACUAUAACAAUACCGUUCACAUUUCUGAGACUAACGUGAAGCCUCGAUGUGUCGGUGAUGGUCGUGGAGCGUCGUACCUGAUAGUCACACGUCAUGGUCUUUUCUCACCUGAAACUUUCAUCAUAAAUUUGCUUGAUUUUCUUUAUUAAUUUUAAUUGGAAAUUUAAAAAGCCUUAAUUUUGUAUUAAAAAAAAACAAGGCUGUGCGUUGAUAUCCAUUUUCUAUAAAUCGUCGGGGAAACAAAAGUUCAAUAUGUUAAGUACGCUAUAUCUCCAAGACAACAUGUAAUGACUGUGCAUGCAACUGAAAUUUCUUUUAAGACAACUGAUGGCAGGUUCAUUUGAAUCCUCAUAAGUAAUAAGUUUUUAAAUAGAGAAACUGUUGAGGAAGAUUGUACAUCGUUAUAUUUUGUUUAAAACCAACAAGUAUUGAGUAGACUUAAUUGAAGAUGACAUUUUGCCUUCAAGGGAUUUUAUCAAAUCUUAUAAAUACACAACGUCAGCAGCUUAUAAAAGGAAAGUAAAGGUGGAUGAAGAAAGGAUUAUUCAAGUAAAGUCUUAUGUGUUUGACAAUUUUUAUUUGUUAACAGUUUAGAAAGUAGUAAUUAGUACCAAAAUAUCCCCUAUUCUGUUGAGUGUUAGUGUAUUUGAUAGUGGCCGAUUUAAUUCGGUACUUCCUUCUAUUUUUAUUUGAUCUUUUUGAUGGGUUUUAUGUGAAGUUUGAGGCAUUGCUCCUGCUUUGUGCGUGUGUGAUGUAUUGUGUUAUCAAUUAAGCACACGUACUGUACUUAUGUUUAUAAGUGUUUGUAUGACAUAAUAAUAACACUAAGAGUACUUUCAUCAUACAUAUAAACAUAAACAGAAACUUGCAACUAGAUUAGUGCCAGAAUGGUGAGGCCUCAACUAUGAAGAUAGGUUGAGAAAACUCACUGUCACAGCCUUAGAGAAGAGAAGAAAAAGAGAGGAUAUGAUCACUAUGUAAAAUAUCUUGAGGGGGAAUAAAGUGGAUAAUUGAAGCCUAAUUUAAAUUAGAGAGGUUGGACAAGAGGACAUCAGUGGAAGCUAGAGAUGUAAUUACGGGCUAUUCAUGCCCAUGCCACCUUUAGGUUGGCUUAAACUUUAUUAGUCAAUCUGUAGAGAUGUAAGGAAGUUCUCAUUCCCUGUAUGAAUGGUUGACAAGUGGAAAGUGUGAAGGAAGGUAUUGUUGAAGCCAAUUCCAUCCACAAAUUUAAAAAGAAUUAUGCUGAAAAUAUUAAUGUUGAGAGAGGUAAUAUAGUGUGCCAUGUAUACAUGGCUAGAAGGGGCAUAAAGAGCUAGAUCUCAUUCUCCCGUAGUCACCAAUAGAUAAGCACACAAACCAGGAGCAAAGCCUUAUGAACUUUAGGCCAUAAAGGAAAUAUAAACAAUUUGCAACCACAAAAUACAUCACUGAACAGAAUCGAGGCAAGUUCAGAAUUGCAUUACCACAUGCUAAAUUGUUCCUAAUCAAAUAUAAACUGAAAUGUUUAAAUCCCGCACAUUUCUGGACUAGACACACCAUUUUCUUACUUUUAUAAGCAGCUGCCCUGUGUGUGUGUGUGUGUGUGUGUGAGUAAAAUCACCUAAAUGUAGUUACUGGAUGAGACCUACACGUGUGGUGUCCCGUCUUCCCAGUGCUCUUUAUCAUACAGUAUAACGCUCUGAAAUUUCUGACGGUUUUGGCCUCCACCACCUUCUCACUUAACUUGUUCCAACAGUCUAUCACUCUGCAACAGAAAACGCUCUAUUUUUUUGACACCUUUGGUUCCUUAGCUUGAAUCUAUGAUCUCUUGUUCUUGAAGUUGCUUGUUACAGGAAUUCAUCUUUGUCAAUUGGUCGAUUCCUGCUAUUAUUUUGUAAGUGGUGAUUAUAUCACCCCUCUCUUUCUUCGAUCUUCUAGUUUGGCAUAUUUAACACUUUUAGCCUCUCUUUGUAACUUGUUUUCAAGUUCUGGAAGCCAUUUUGUAGCAUGCCUUUGCAUAUUUUCCAGUAUACUGAUGUGUUUUUUGAGAUAUGGGGCACCUUACAAUAGUUGCAAAUAACAAUUUUUAUCUCACAAAAGUCAUGAACAGUUUCUUUAAUAUUUCACCAUGCAUGGAAGUAAAAGUGAUUCGGAAGAUGGAAAGCGCAGCUUAUGAUCCUUGCAGAAUGUCCUUUAUGUGUUCCUCUGGUGACAGUCUACUAUCCAGAACCAACCCUAGAUCUCUUCCUUUGUUAGAGUUCUAUAAGUCCUUUUCACAUAACUUGUGUGCAUGCGUGUGCGUGUACUCACCUAAUUGUGCUUACGAGGCUUGCAUUUUGGCUCUUAGGCCCCAGCUUUCAACUAUCAAUCAAUUUGUGUACAGGUUUCCGAGCCUGUUGGGCUCUUAUCAUAUCUACAUUUGAAACUGGGUAUGGAGUCUACCGCCAUCAUAUCUAUGGAGGUAGAUAUCACUACAUCAUAUCACUUCCUAGUGCAUUCCAUUUAUUAAGUACUGUAGACACUGACAAAAUUCUUUCUGUCUUUGUGGCCUAUGUGGGUACUCAGCUUGCACCUGUGUCCCCUUGUGUGAGAACUGCCCAUGUUUAAUAAAAUGUUUUUAUCUUGUCAAUUUCCCUGAGAAUUUUCCAUGUGGUAAUCAUGUCUCCCCUAACUCUUGUGUCUUCCAGUGAUGUGAGGUGCAAUUCAUGCAGCCUUUCUUUGUAACUUAUACCUCUUAGUUCUGGAACUAGUCUAGUGGCAUAACUUUGAACAUUCUCCAACUUCUUCUUAUGCUUCACAAGGUAUGGACUACAUGCUGGAGCCGCAUACUCCAAGAAUGGUCUGACGUGUGGUAUACAAGGUUCUAAAUGAUUUCUUACACAAAUUUCUAAGGGCAGAUGUUAGCCAGCCUCGCAUGCAUCUCUGAUGUAUGUGUUUUAGAUUUAAUAAAAGAUUUACAGACAAAAUGUAAUCUUUAAUAAAGUUUUCUUGUAAUUUUUC